UAGCCAUCACUGGUUCGUUGGGGAAGGACUGCUCUAGGCAGCGAUGCGGGGCGCAGAGGCGUCGCGGUGGCGAUGGCGAGGUCGGUGAGGGCCGGACGCAGCGGGUCGCCGGAAUUGUGGAGGGCGGCGCCGGUGGUGCUUCCCGUCGCUGACAGCCCUUCUCCAGAUCGGAUUAGGGUUAUGGGCGGUGGGGAACUGAUGGCGGAGAAACCUCAUGUCACGAGCCGCUAGUCCCCAUCUCCUCUUUAUAGGGCUGCGCGACGGGGGCCCACCAGCCUCAUCUUGGGCUGGGGCGUCCCCGAUCGGACACGAGUCAAGGGCCCAGUUUGCCGUUGGGCCAACUGACGGAGAUCAAUACUAACAUUCUCCCCCUUGAUCUCAACUUAUACUUUUAAAAUUAUUCAACUUGAACUUAACUCUUUACUUUUUCUUUACUUGUUUUGCUCUUGGUCCUCAUCUCAUUGCAUAUUAGUAUGUAGGGCAUGGCUCGUCAUGACAGUUAUCACUUACUGAUUAACAGCCACAAUACACCUUUCUGUAUUGAAACAAGACCUUAACAUUUAUUUGGGCCCUUUAGUAAUCCAGAAAUCAUAGGCCUCCCGUAAAACCCAUGUCGACUUGGGCGGUAGGUCUUUGGUAAGCGGAUCCGCAAGCACUUGCUUGAUACUUUGGUGCUCAAUGAUUUCAUAUGAUUCUGGAUUUUCUCCUUUGCAACAUAUAACUCACCGUCAAUGUGUUUGGCGGCACACUUGACAUAUUGCCAUAGGAGUGAAAACAUUCGAAUGAUAUAUUACUGUUGUCUACCAUUAUCAAUUCCGGGUAAAGGUUUUCUCAACCAUUUUGACUGUCAUAUAUCCUCAUAUUAUGCUAAAAUUUGGGUAUACAUAACCCAUGAUAUCACAACUACUUUGCUUUGGAGCUUUUCCACAAUAAAACUCCAAGCGCGAGUGUUAGCUACUACUGUGGGCUUCACUAAACAUCUCGCCAGAACUUAAUUAUUUCUACUCACAACCUUUUGAGAGUACAUGUUCCUUUCUUACUUAGCAUGAUGCUGACAAUACUUUGCAAAAUUGCAAAAUAUUCUAUAACUCCAUUCCAGUGAUCUAUUGCUGGACUGGACUUCUGCCAAAAUAUCCCGGAUACUUGAGCUAUGUCAGGGUAAAUUCUUUUGAGCACUAAUUUUACUUCCAACAGCUGAAGCACAUGGAACCUGUUUUCUUUCGAUCGAUCUCACAUUGGUUCCUGGAAUACUGAAAAUUCCAAAACUAUUACCCUUGAUAAUAGGACAGGCGUAGUCUUCCUCGCAUGCAUACUAUAUUUCUUUAGAAUUCUUUUCUAAGUAUGCUCUUUGCGAUAUUCAUAAUACCCCUUUUCCUUUGUCCCAGUGAGUUUCCAUUUCUAGAGCGAAUGGGUCUUCACUGAGAUUUUUCUUAUCAAAACUAAAGGUCAUAAUAACCUUCUUCUUUGAACCUUGCGGGAAAGGUAUUUCCCAUCUUUGCAUAUUUGCAAUUUAUCAUCUUGCAUUUAUCUUUACUUAAAACCCAAAACUUUUUCUUUGUUCUCACAAAACUUACCACUGUUUUGUGAUCUGAUUUCAUCAGGUGGUAUCCUAAUAUUCUUUUCUUUCCAUAACAAAAACUAUUUGGUUAUGUCAUGUGUAUACUUUCUUGUACAAAUCUCCGUUGGGAGAUAUUGCUCCAACAUACAUCUGAUACAAUUCUAAAAGUGGUAUACUACCAGUGUCAUUAUGAUUCUAAAAGAAUCCUUUCAUGAGACUACAAGAAUGUCUCAUCAUAACUUAUCUUUUUUCUUUGCAUAAAGCCUUUUGCUACAAAUCACGCUUAGCAACUUUCCAAUUCCCUCUGGAGUCACAUUCUAAUCUUGUAGACCCAUUAUAGCCUACUGUAUUGGCUCCAUUAGGAACUUAUUCUAUGUUCCAAAAUAAUUUUGGAACUUGCCUCAUGACAUCUUCCAUGGCUUCUUGCCACUUCGAUGAAUGAGCGCCUCUCAUGACUUCUCCAAAUGAGGUGGAAUCACCUUCAUUUGUACUUCUUCACUUACGUACAUUUCUUAUCCUUUAACAAUAGAUGACUAGACAUAUUGCUUUCUGUCUGGGGCUAUUGCCGCUCUUUAAUGAUAAAAGACAAUUGUCACCUCAACUUCUAUCAUAUUGUAAUGUUUGAAACAUUGGAGUGAACGUACGGUUCCACUUCUCUUCAAGCCUUAGUUCUCGACAUACUUUGCUCCCCCAGAUUAUCCCAUCUAUUAUAAAGAUGAAAUAUCUUUUAGCUUUUGUUUGGGUUUGGUCUUUCCAAGCCUCAUAGGGUGUUUUAAGCACCAUCUUUUCUUUUCGGUUGCUUUGCGGCUCAACUAUCUUUUCUUUCUGUUGAACCUGAAAACCUUCAGGAAUCUCUUCUUAUUACUAUGGUAGGGGUAUUAAUGUUAUGGCCGUUGUACUCCCUUUAUGGUCAAAUUCUUCUUUAAUAGAUCACUCUUGUUUUAAAAUGCAUCGUAUUCAUCCUUGAGGGGGAUUUAAAUUUUAAUCUUUCUUGUCUUUCUAAUAUUUCUCCUCCUCGAAAUAUGGCACAAACUUUGCUGCCAUAAUUUCGAAACAAUUUCUAACACUUGCAAAACGAGGAGUCUUUCAUUACUUAGUUUAUUCACAUGAUCAAGUCAUGCAAAACAAUGGGAGUACCAUUUCCUCAUUUCAUCAAGAGCUCAUCAGAGUUCUUCAUAUUGUUACACUUUUAAGAACUCAUCAGAGUUCUUCAUAUUGCUAUACCUUUGCAAGUCAUGCUUACAUUCUUGACUUUUGGUUCAUAUACCACUUUCUUUUGUCUUUCAACUAUUUUCAAGUCACUAUCCAACAUGACACUAUUGAAAUGCAUGAGUAUUGCUGGGAUAGCUUAAAAGGCUCUCCCAGACUUCUUCUCUUUUCUGUGAUACUCAAGUAGUACAUGAGUUAUCACAAACUUUCUCUGCCAUGCAGGACAUGAACAACUUUGCUAAUUCACAUGUUUAAUUCAACGUUGGUCGAAUUGAACAUGCAUCUUAUUCAUUUCAACCAUUGUCUUUACUAUUGAAGGACAAAAAACUAUUUUAUAGUGACAAAAUUUUAGUCACAAUGACUAAAAUAUGGAUAUAUACUUUCUUUUCUGAUUAAAUCUUCUUGUUGGUUCCAAUUUAAUCAGAAAAUUUAACAAAUGAUAAUACCAUGAAAAACUUUCGAAGCAGUUGCGUCUCUUUUCCUUUUCAACCAAAAGGUCAGAAUGACGCAAGCUCUUUUCUUUCUUAACCUCAACAAUGCAGCUGAGUAAACUCAAAACUUUGUUUGUAGCGUUGAACAAAAUCAACUUUUCUUUGCUUAUUUCUCUCUACUGGGAAGAAUUGUAUGUCUUAAUUUAACGUUGGUCAAAAUUAAAACAUACAUUUUUCCGGUACUUUCAAUUCUAUAUCACCGUUGGGUAAAAAUAGAAUUAAUGAUUAGAAUUAAAAUUAUAAUAUUGUCAUCAUCAACUUUGGUCAGAAAAUGACAACAUUAGAAUUAACUUUAACUUUCUUUUCUUUAAGAGCAAAAUAAUGCUCAACUUGACACUUAAAAUGGCAAAAUUAAUGCCAAAAAGUCAACUUUGACUUAAAACAGCCAAAAUCUUUUUGAAACUUAAACUUUAAAUGUGGCUUUUACCCAUAGGGUAAAGCUCAUCUUAUCUAUCUUUAUUGCAGCGGAAAACUUUUCUUUCAUAUAGAAAGAAUUCUUUGUCCUUCGCUGUUCUCUGAAAAAUUGAUCACUUUGAUGCAAAAUUUGUCAGAGAAUUAACCUUGAAUACUAACUCCAAAUAAAAUUAUAAUAUUGCUAUCAUCGUAGGUUAGAAAAUAAUAAUACCAUAAUUUAACUUUAAACAAAUAUCUUUCUACUCCUCUAUUUAAAUUUUCCCAUUGGUUCGAAUUUAAAUAUAGGAUGAUACUUUUACUUUGCAACGGAAAUAUGAAAAAACUAUAUUCAGAAACAUUACUGUACACAUUUAUUCUCUAAACAAAAUACCCGUUGGUGCAAAUUUGAAUAGAGAUGAAACUAUCAUCAAAUUCAACAGAACUUGAACCAAAAUGCUUCUGAAAUGAUGAAACUGAGCUCUUUACUUUGGACUCGGCUAAGGAAAACCGGCCCGCUCGACGGCGGCGCGCUCACUUUGUCACACCCGAUUUCAAAGAACAACCGGAUGUCUCCCAUGUGUAUGCCAGGAUCAGUUAAACAUACACACAGUGACUUUAAGUGAACCAUUACAGUGCCAUUACAUAACGAUACGAUAAAAUUAAGUACAAAAAGACCCGUAGGCCUAAAACAAAAAUAACAUAAAGACGUCCAACGGGUGUGGGUCUUCCAUUAUUCCACAGGCAGUCGUCCGGGGGAUCGCCAGCCUAGUACGGAGCAUCGGGGUCGAAGCCGUCAUCUUCCUGGUACUCCUCUUUCUCUCUAGCUUCUGAGCGCCGAUAUGGUAGAACAUAGCAGGGGUUGAAAAGGAAACGGUGAGUACAUCAAAAUGUACUCCGCAAGUGUGGGAAAACAUGACAUGUGGCUGAUAGCAAGGAAGGCUUAUACAAGUUUUGACACGCACUUAAGCCAACUCCCUAGACUCAACAAAAGCAUCCUAUUUACUAGAUGUGAUUACUCCAGCCCUUGACCAAAACCAUCUCGAUUUCCAUCCGGACAAUCAAGAACCACCACCAGAUUCCAUCUGAUUCACCAACCAUACCACAACCAACCAACCAUUCCCGAGCCCACUAAUCAUAAAGAAGUCCAUAGCCACUCUUGUCCGCGAGCAUGGCUAAUAUAUCAGGUUUACACUCUGCAGAGGUUGCACACUUUACCCACGAGUCGUGCUUUUCCCUCACACUGAACACCACAAAGGCGAACAGCCAGGGUCAUCACACUACAAGGCCUUUCAAAGGUUGUUGAUUCCCACCGGUAGACACCCACUGAGGUUUCACCGCUAACAGCAAGUCUAUUAUCCCUCCACUGCAGAAGCCCCCUCUUGUGCCACUCAACCGUCCGACAAUGUAAACAGGUGGGACAACCAAUUAAUUGGCCAGGUCUAGAGCCACAUAGAUCUCGUGGUUGCGCGUUUAAGCUAGGUCACUUGUCCAUGAACCGGUCCUUUUAAUCUGAGCAAUUACUAGCACCAACCCAAACCACCAAAAUGUAUCCCAACCACCAGAACAAACCCCUGCUCAGAUUCCCUAUACCAUGUUGCUACAAAAAUUACCAUCCCGGUUGCAUAAGACCAUUAGUCAAGUUAUUAUUAACCACCCAGCCCAACCAUGACUGCGAGCUAAGCAUGACUCUAUUUGACCCACGACUCGAGGCUUCAAGGAAGGUAUAAACAAAAUACUAGUAAACCAUAACAUGGGAUUCCAAUUUAGACUCAGCAUGCAUCAAAAGUAAACUACUCUAAUAAAUAUAAAUAAAUGGGUUCAAAUAUGAUCAAGGACACUUGCCUUCAGCAGGUGGAUGCUCUUCAAACUCGAACUCUUGGUCCUGGAAGUUGGUGUACGGCUCACUUUCUACUCGCGCAAACACACCGGAAAGAAAAGCACAUAACAACAAUAAUAAAUAGUACACCAAUCAUUCUCAAAUCACUGCACAAAGUAAAUUAAUGCAUUCUACUCGUUGCUACGAACGUGUGAGUGCAAGAAUCAUUAAAAACAGAACUAUAAAUAAAAAGAUAUAAGUGUUAUAAGAUAUAAGGGUUUGUCUGUAAUACUGCGCAAAUAACAGAGAUUAAAAUGUAACGGGUGUACUGUAGCAUGAAUAGUAACCCAAAAAUAGUACUAAACAUGUACUGCAGUGUGUAGGAGACAAGGAUUAGGACCAAAACAGUGAUUAACAAGGUAUUCAGGGCUAGAAGGCAAAGUUUGCAAGACACAUAAAAAUUGUGCUGCAAUAAUAAGUAAGGGCAGGGACUGGAAUGAAAAAGUAGCAUGUGCACAAGCAGCCCUCACGUGGGAUGUGUUAGUGUACUGUGCUGUGGACUCGGUCUACGGGUUCCAUGGACCAGGGAAGGAUGAACAUCCCAUCUAAUAUGGACCGUAGAUCCUAGAUCCAAGGGGUAUGCAUCACAUCUAAUAUGGAACGUAGAUCUUAGAUCCAAGGGCUCACAGGCCUUCUUCUACCUCUGGACGGCAACGAACACGACCAGAACGUGAAGCGCGGGGACAGACCUCCAUGAACGUGAACAGAGCUCUUUGCUAUAUCCCUAGAUCGAUCUACGCUCCACGGAAAACGCCCGGAAGCGGAAAAACGGAAAGCUCUCGGCACGGGGAUCUCACCUAGGGCGCUGGGAAGAGCUGCGACGGCGCGGUUCGAUCUCCAGUUGGAGAGAGCUCGAACUGGGACUUCCUGGAACGGCGACGACGAGCGACGUCGAGCGGCGGCGGUUCCUCCUGGAGAUCCUGAGACGAGGAAGAGGGCUAGAGAUGGGUGAGAUAGGGCCGGGCGGCGUCGCGCCGAUGGGCAGAGAGUUCAUGGUGAUGGCGACUACUUACUGGAAGAAGAACGACGACGACUCGGGAUGAAAGGAAGGAAGUUCGUGCAGAAGGGAAGGGCGACUGGCGGCGCCCCGGUUUAUAGAGCGAGAAGGGGCACGGGAAUAUCGCGGCUGCACCCGUCAAUCCGUCAUUAGCGCACACGAUUGCCGCGGAACAUGGCCGUCAAUUUCGGAGUCCGUUGCUGCAGCGAGGGCGCCCGUUCUCGGAUCGAUGAGUACGUCGAGGUGUUGCUGCUGCCGGGUUGGGCUCGGCCCAGGAGAAAGGAUGUGAGUUGGCUGGAACUAGAAGAGAGAAAGAGAGAAAGAGUAAGUUGGGCCCUAACAGGGCUUAAACGACUACGACGAACGAGCACAUGAAGCCCUAACAACGAUCACACAUUUGCAAAGCAAAAAGGCCUAAUGCAUCUAUCCAGCAUGAAUGCACAAAGAAAAAUAACAUUACUAUAAUUAGAGUUUCAGGGUGUUACAAACCUACCCCCUUAAGAUGAAUCUCGCCCUCGAGAUUCGCUGACGUCGGGAAAGAGAUGAGGAAACUCGGCCUUCAAGUCUUCUUCCUGUUCCCAUGUAGCUUCUGCCUCAGAAUGGUGUUUCCACUGCACUUUACACAUGCGAAUCCGCUUGUUCCGAGUGACACGUUCUGACGUCUCGAGAACUUUAACUGGGUACUCUGAAUAAGAUAGAUCCUCCUCCACAUUUAGUUCUUCCAGUGGUAACCGCUCCUCGGGGACCCUAAGGCACUUCUUUAACUGCGAGAUGUGAAACACGUCGUGCACACCCGAGAGCUGUGGUGGCAACUCUAACUGGUAAGCAACCUCUCCUUUCCGCUCAAGAACUCGGAACGGUCCGAUGUAUCGAGGUGCCAAUUUGCCUUUGACCUUGAAUCUGCGAAGGCCUCUGAUCGGUGACACUUUAAGGUAUACGAAGUCCCCGACUUCCAAAACCAGUUCUCGGCGUCGAACGUUUGCAUAACUCUUCUACCUUGACUGUGCCGUCUACACACAUUCUUUGGGUCCCAUCCUUCUUUGGCACAAAGAUCACUGGGGCUCCCCAUGGUGAGGUACUAGGGCGGAUAUAACCCUUGUCUAACAGCUCUUGGAUCUUCUCCUUAAGCUCAGCUAACUGAUUGGCAUCCAUUCUAUAGGGCCGCUUAUAAAUAGGUGCAGUGCCAGGUACUAACUCAAUGACAAGCUCAAUUUCACGGUCCGGUGGCAUACCUGGCAGUUCUUCAGGGAAAACAUCUGGAAAUUCACAAACAACCCUGACCUCUUCUGUUGCAUUAACUUGGUUGAGCCUGACAGCUUCCAUCGACUCCCUGGUGGCACUGUACUCGACUGGAACACCAUUGGUAUGCUUUAGCUUGACCGUCUUUGUAGCACACUCUAUUACUCCGCCAUACUUGCUUAGCCAAUCCAUCCCCAGAAUAACAUCUAACCCCUUGGAAUCCAAGACGAUGAGAUUGGCAAGGAAUUCUACCCCCCUUAUAUUAAUAUUCACAUUAGGGCACACCUGCCUUGCAACCAUGUCUCCCCCAGGAGAAUUAACUAUCAUCUUGUUUUUCAUCCAAAUUAUUGGCAGAUUAUAUCGGUGUAUGAACUGAGUUGAUAUGAAACAAUGUGAUGCUCCAGAAUCAAAUAACACUGUUGCAGGAUUUGAGUGCACAGAGAACAUACCAAACACUACAUUAGGAGCGUCUUGUGCCGACUCGGCUGUAACAUGGUUGACCCUCCCCUGCAUGUAGUUCUGCCGUGGUGGUUGUUGAUUCGGGCCUUGUGCCUUCUUGUUAGGGCACCUAUUGGCAAGGUGUCCCAUCUCCUUGCAAUUGUAGCAUGGUCCUAUGUUGCUGGACCCCUGACCAGUGCGGUUCUGCUGUUGUGGAUUCUGGAUGGGAGGCUGUGGAACCUGGUACCCAGUAUGCUGCUGCUGCUGCUGCGGUUGCUGCGUUGGCUGUCUAACAGGCCCCUGACUCUGGUUGAAAUUCCUCUGUGGCUGCGGCUGAUACUGAUAGGAGUUCCUCUGAGGCUGCUGGUACUGGUAGUGAUUUCUCUUCUGCUGGUACUGGCCUCCCUGACUGUACACUGGCCCAGAUGGGUUUUGGUUGAAGUGAGGGCGAGUAUUGCUGCCUGAUGACUGUCCCUGAGCUGACAUCUUACGCUUGCGAUCCUCAUCCAAGAUCUGUCUCUCCCUCUCCAUGGUAUAUGCUUUAUCAACAAUCUUCUGGAAGGCACAAGGACUGUACCCACAGUUGGUUCCUACUUUGGCCCUUUGUGGCAUAUUGGUAAAGUUACAAUCAGUGAAACUCCUAUUUUUAUGCAAUCUAAAUGCGAAUUUAUCUAUUCCAUGACUUCAAGCUAAUUCUCAGAGAAUCUCUACAAAGACCGCUGAUUGGGAUCAAUACUGUACAUUCUGAAAUACUGCUAUGGAUCCUUUCUGAAAAUAACACCAUUGAACUUUUGGAGACUCUACACUGUGAUCCUUCUUUUUAAUAAAAUAGGUAUAUUACGGAGCAUACUCAGUUGGAAUGGGACCAGUUCCUUGGAUUAUCAUGUCUGAGAUAUUCUCAAUAAACACGAAAGCAAUAGCUGGAGGCUUGGUAACCCUGGUCAGUUGGAUUGGUUCCUUUGCGAUUUCUUACUCAUUCAACUUCCUUAUGGAUUGGAACCCCGCAGGUACGUUCUUUUUGUUCUCUGCAGUGAGCUUGGUCACUGUUUUGUUUGUGGCAAAGCUAGUACCAGAAACUAAAGGUGGAACACUGGAAGAGAUCCAAGCAUUGCUCCAAACCAGCACGUGAGAGACUGUGAUGAAGGACGUACACACGCUCGUUACCCGCAAUGGAUUCAAAACAUUGUGGGAACUCUUCCAACCAACAAGGCGUGUAUAUGAAAUACAUUUCUAGUUCAGCCACAAAGCCGGCAAUUUCAGCAUAAUCCUGAGGCCAUAUCUUGUCUAAGUCUUGAAACUUUGCGGUGUUCCAAUGAAUAAUGAUAGGCCACUCCUCUUCCGAAAGAUGCAUUCAGGAAGAUGAUCUCUUUGUUAGGAUGAAAUUUUAUCCUAGAAAAGUCGGUGUAUCCCACGUAGUUCCCUUCAGCCAUGUCGGCAUGUCGCCAGUAUCAAGGACAUUAUCGUUGUCACAGUCCCAUUCAAAUUCCGCUUAGUAUAUCGUAAGAUCCAAGGUCCUCUAUUUUGCCGAUGGUAGUCCUCAAGCGCAUGCAGCUUACGUGCAAAGGACCUAAGGUUAACAUGAUGCUUCAACACCCACUCCAUUAAUUUGACCAUAUGAUUCAUUGAGGUGCCAAAACGAAAAAUCCUAGAACCCGUCCUCGGAGGUACACCCCCUUCUCUGAUCGCCAUCACAGUUCGACUCCCACAGGACACAUUCCCAUCCCGUCGCGCCGCCGCCGCCGCGUACUCGCCCAGGGUUUCCUGAUCUCGUGUUCCUCUGCUCCAACCUUCUUCUAGACGAAGCUGCCGCGAUCAGGUCGAAUUCGUUCAGAUCUCUGUCCGCCGUGCUAUACUGACCAGAUCCGUCUCUCGCGGCCGCCGCAGCCCUGGCGAUUCUCGGCGUCGAUCGAACAAGAAGAGAGGGGAUGGCGGCAGCACUGGAGCUGUCCGACGACCUCGCCGCCGCCGUCCUGCGCCGCCUCCCGCCGCGGAGCCUGGCCGUGUCCCGGUGCGUCUGCAGGGCGUGGCGCGACGCCAUCGACGCGCGCCGGCUGCUGCGCGCGGACCUGCUCCCGCGCUCCGUGGGCGGCAUCUUCAUGAACUACUGCAGGCUCUACUCCCCGGAGCUCCUCUCCCGCCCCACUACGGGCCGCUCCAUCUCCGGCGACCUCGAGUUCAUCCCCGGGAUCUCCCAGGUCGUGGACCACUGCGACGGCCUCUUGCUCAUCCAGGCGACCUCGGCCGGCUAUGUGGCCAACCCCGCGACGCGGCGGUGGGCGCGGCUGCCACCUUGCCCGAUGCGGGAUGAUGCCUUUCGCCAGAUCAAAUGCCUUGUCUAUGAUCCAACCAUGUCACCACACUACGAGGUGUUCUUGGUCCCUUCCCUCCCUGGCAAAAACCCGAACCCUGACAUGGCGCAACCCAAGUGGCCACCAUCAUCGCACGCACUGCAACUGCAAGUGUUCUCGUCAAUAACUGGGUGCUGGGAGGAGAGGUCCUUUGUUCGGGAAGGAGAGCACCGGGAGGAGGUUCGGGAUGAAUGCUGCGUCAUCGACAGCAAAAUCUAUUGGCUAGGAGCGCUCUACGUGCUCUGCAGUGGUUUUGUUCUGAGGAUAUCCAUUUCAAGUGCAAAGUACAGAUGGGUUCCGAGGCCAUCACGUGUUGAAUUUAGGCAGUAUGGAUGCCUUUCUUUGGGAAGAUCGGAGAAGGGGGUUUACUGUGCAUUCCAGCAUGAUUGGCAAGGACUUCGAAUUUUUCACCUCAAUGAAUCAAGUGUUCAAGUGGGAUGGGAAUUGAAGCAUAUUGUUGAUUUUACAUCCUUCGCCCGGAAGCUUCAUGAAAGGGACUCCAGUGAGCAACACAAAGGACCUUGGAUAUUACAGGAUAUCAACUAUUACAAAUAUCCUUAUGACAAUGAUGAACAUAGAGAGAUAGUAGAAGACAAGUUUGAAUGGAACUCGGACGAUGAUAACGUUCUCAACACAGAGGAUAUGGUUCAAGGGUCCUAUGAGGGAUAUAUCAGUUUUCUUGGAUUCCAUCCGUACAAAGAGAUUGUCUUCUUGAAUGCAGCUUUGAGGAGAGCAGUAGCUUAUCAUUGGAAUACCUCCAAGUUUCAGGAUUUGGGCAACAUAUACCCAGAACAUUACGAUGAAUCUGCUUUUCAAUUUGCACAAAUAGAGACCUCCUACAUACACACACCAUGCUGGAUGGAUGAUUUCCCAGGAAUUAAUUUGGAAGCACGGAUUGAAGAUUAGCACAGACGUAGAAGCCAUGGAGUAAACAGUGUAGUCAUGUUUUACUCUGUCCUUGUGCCGCAUGUUUCUGUUUGGAAAUACAUUAAGAUCAAGACCUCUACCCUAUAUACACUGCUGGAUUACCUUGAUCGUCUUUUACUUCCGAAACAGGAGUGGUUCAUCAAAUGUUCAAAUAUA